AAAAAAGCAGAAGCGAGCUCCUGCAUUUGUGCCGUCAGCGGAGGGUGUGUCUUGAAAAGCGCGUGCAGACCUUGCUUGCCCUGGAACUCUGGGAGGCGGCAGCGUGUCCUCUCCGUGAGAGCGGGCGAGAGAGAGAGAGAGAGAGAGAGAAGGGGGAAAGGGGUACUUUUACCUCUCUUUCUUUCUCUCUAUCUCGUUUUCCCUCCCUCCGUCUUUUACCCACCAUGCUCCGAGUCUGCACUCGGCGAUCCCGCCGCCGUUUGCGCUUCAGGAGCGAGGCUCGUCUUUGCUGGCUUUUACCGGCUCUCCCUCUCUCGGGAGGUAGGAAAAACUGACGGAGCCCAGCUUCUUCUUCUUCCUCCUCUUCUCUUCUUCUUCUUCUUCUCCUCCUCCUCCGCCGCCUCCCCCUCCCCUUCUCCUCCUUCUCCAGCCUUUCCCGCCCGAUCAGCAUGAAGGACGAGAAAGAAGCCGCUGCCUCCGCUUCUCUCCGCCGCGGGCUCAACAAACUUCUAAGCCAGCAGCCUCCGGCUCGCGGCUCUGCGGAGCCCGAUCUGCGGAACGGCUACGCGAAGGGAUGCGCGGCUCCUCUGGCCCCGAGCGGCCACCAGCCGAACCUUCGGGCGUCUCUCUCAGCCGCUCCUCGCCGGGCUCUGCUCUUGGGUCUGGGUGCGGCGGCGGCGGCUCCCUUGGCGCUCCUGCCGUGCGUCUUGCUGUGGGGAGAGCGCGAAAAGAAAGCGGGCGCAGCGGCCGGCAGCCCCGAAGCAAGCGGGCUGUUGGCGCCGCUGGGGCUGUGCCGGUGCCUGAGCCCCCUCUUCAGUCUCGCCUGUGCCUUCUUCUUCCUCACCUGCUACCUGGCCCGCGAGGAGCCCGGCGGCCCCUGGUGGCUUCUGGCGCUGCCGCUUUGCUGCUACGCGGGAGACUCGGUGGCGCUGCAGUGGCUCCCGCUGUCCCGCCAGGCCGAAGCGGAGGAAGGCGUCCCUCGCCCGCCACCGGCCGAAUUGCAAAUGCUGGCGGGACGGUUGUUGGCCACCCUGGGCGCCGUGGCCGGCCUGACCCUUUGGCAGCGCAGCCUCAAACUCCGCCGCAGCCUUCUGGUUCUGGUGUUCGCCAGCCUCGUGUGGCUGGUCUCGCUCACCAGCCUGGGGUCUCUGCCUCCGCCCCUUAGGCCGCUGCUCUCCUGCUUCGCCGGGACGGCGGGAUGCUUGUGGGCGCUGCUGGGAGGAGAGCGCUGCCUUUUCUCUUCUCGCUCCUCUUCGGGUCGGGGAUUACAGCACCACCUCCAGGCUUCGCAUCCCAAGUCGCCCGGCAGCGCCGAGCACAGAGUUCCUGUGAUCCGACCCAAGAGGAGAUCCAGUUGCGUGUCCUUGGGGGAGACUUCUGCCGCUUAUUAUGGCAGCUGGAAAACGUCCAGGAGACCUUCGUUGCCUUCCAUUUCCAAGGAACAGAUGAUUCUUUGGGACUGGGAUUUAAAGCAAUGCUAUAAACUUCAUCAUCAGAAUACAUGCAGUGGAACUGAAGUUGAUCUUUCUGUACUAAAUCAGACUCGGAACAUGGUGUCUGAUCUUCUAUCUGAUCCAGUUGUUCCCCCACAUGUGAUUUCUUCUCUUCAAAGCAUCGAUAACUUGCUAAGUGCUUUCUCAGGUUCAUGCAGGCCAAAGAUAAACCUGUUUACUCCCUUUCCGGGGUUUUAUUCCUGUCCAGAAAUAGAAGACUCAUCUGAAAGAGGAGACUGUAAGCUGCACAAGGUACUGAGCAGCCGAAAUAGCUUACCAACACCACAGUUAAGGCGAAGUUUAGGAAGCUUGCUGCCCAUUGAUCCAACUUCUAGAUGGGAACGUAAUAAUGGCAAAAGGUCACACCAUGAGUAUAAUCUUUCAAGCCUAGGAUCUUAUCCAAAUGGGCCCCUUCUUGGCACAAACUUGUUGACAAUUCCGAAACAAAGAUCAUCUUCCGUGACCUCAGCAAACAAUGCAGGUUCUAGACGAGCCGGAAUUUCUCAGAAUUUAAGUCCUGGCAUUUUACCCAGUAACGGGUUUCUCUCCAGUGGGUACCACCGAUUGCCUGUGGAGUUUCCUGAUACGGCUGAUUUCCUUACUAAACCUAGCGUUAAUUUACAUAAAUCUCUGGGAAGCCCAUUCAAUUUUUCAGAUUGUCAACAACAAUUUAGAACAUCUUCGUGUUAUACCUGCAAUAGUUGCAGACAACAAGUGCUCAACUCUGUUGCAAACUCAUUAUGUGAAUCUGUAGCAGAAUGUCAAAGCCAAAAAUCAGGUGAAGAUGGAAACAGCCAAGUUUCAAAAGACCCCAACCAUCUUGCAGAGAAACUGCAGAAUGAAAUAGAAGAAACAAAAAAUCAAAUGGAUCAAACUAAGAAUUUUCAGUCUGAUAUUGAGGAGCAUUCUUCAUUAGAACUGAUGUUAAUAGAAAACUAUAAUUCAUUAAUGGAGGAAAUGAACAGCUGGAAUUUUCAAAUAUUUGAUCUUGUUCUAAAAAUGGGAGAUAAAUCUAGAACAAUCCUUAGCCAGGUUGCAUUUACAUUGUUUCAAGACACUGGUUUAUUUGAAAUUUUCAAAAUUCCAAUUCAGCAUUUCAUGAACUACUUUCAAGCACUCGAAAAUGGCUAUCGAGACAUUCCUUAUCACAAUCGAAUACAUGCAACAGAUGUUCUUCAUGCCGUAUGGUAUCUUACUACGAGACCAAUUCCCGGAUUUCAGCAAAUAGACAGUGACUCUGGGGGAGGAACCAGCAGGGAAAAUGAUAUUUCAGUGGGCCACAUUGCCUAUGUUUCCUCCAAAAGCUGUCCUGUUGUAGAUGAAAACUAUGGAUAUUUAGCAUCAAAUAUUCCAGCCUUAGAAUUAAUGGCUUUAUAUGUAGCAGCAGCCAUGCAUGAUUAUGAUCAUCCUGGUCGGACAAACGCUUUUCUGGUAGCAACAAAUGCUCCACAGGCUGUGUUGUACAAUGAUAGAUCAGUUUUAGAAAAUCAUCAUGCAGCCUCUGCAUGGAGUCUCUUCUUAUCUCUACCGGAAUACAAUUUUCUGUCUAAUCUUGACCAUGUACAGUUCAAACGAUUUCGAUUCUUAGUGAUUGAAGCAAUCCUUGCGACAGAUCUCAAGAAACAUUUUGAUUUUCUUGCUGAAUUUGAUGCCAAGGUAAACAUGAAUGGGCAUGGUAUUGAAUGGAGCAAUGAGAGUGAUCGACUGUUAAUAUGUCAGAUAUGCAUCAAGCUUGCAGAUAUCAAUGGUCCAGCCAAAGUUAGGGAUCUACACCUGAAAUGGACAGAGGGAAUUAUUAAUGAAUUUUAUGAACAGGGAGAUGAAGAAGCAAACCUGGGGCUACCUAUUAGCCCUUUUAUGAACCGACAUUCUCCUCAACUUGCCAAAUUACAAGAAUCUUUUAUUACCGACAUUGUUGGUCCUCUUUGCAAUUCUUACGAUGCAGCCGGCUUGCUUCCAGGCCAGUGGAUUGAAAAAGAUGAGAGGGAAAGCUCUGAAGAUUGUGAUGCGGGAGAGGAUAGUGAAGAGGAAAUGGAAGAUUUAGGAACAAAAUUACAAAGAAGAAAAAACGGGCAGCGCGUAUUUAGUCAACUAAUAUACCAUUUGAACGAAAACCAUAAACUAUGGAAGAAAAUAAUUGAAGAAGAGGAACUAAGUAAACCAGAAGAAAAUGAACGUUCAGGAAAUACCUCCUUAUGUCAGACAGAUGAGAUUCAGGUUAUUGAGGAAGCAGAUGAAGAAGAUGAACGACAUUAAGAACAAGAGGAAAUACUUUUGAAAGACUUCGUAACACCGUCCUAGACUGCCCCAAGAAUAUAUUUUUAUCCAAAAUGCUGGCUGUAAACUGACAGACUUGAGAGAAGUAUGAAAAAUAGUAUACUGAAUAAUGUGAAAGGACAUUUAUUUCUUCAGCAUUAUCACACUUCUAUGCACUUUUGCCAUAUGAAAAUUAAAAAAAAAAGACUUUAUUCAUAGACUUACUGAACACAGUACUGCAUUCCAUGAUGAGAAGAUUUUAUGUCCAGUUUGGUCUUCAAGUAUCUUGUUUUGCUGCCUUCCUAAAAGUAACUUUUUAUUAUCAAAAUGGAAUUAACGGUUUGGAGAAAAAUCAAUCUGAAAUACCCAAGUUACAAGGACAUUCCGUUUUAUAGAAGCUCUCGAGACAAAGUCCUAUAAUGUUUUAGAAUUGAUAUUUUGUUUUUAAUGCGAACCUUAAAAUCACUGUGCCUGUCAAUAAGCAGUUCCCAUCAAUUUAAUUUGCAAGAGUUUGAUUAAAGAAGUUAUUGGAUUGAUUUAACCAUUAGAUGACUGCAACCAGAAUUGCCGGUCCUUAUGGUUAAAACUGAAUUUCUUCUGCAUCUGUUCGAUGCUUUUGUUUUUACUGUGGUAAAUAGCCUGCCAUUUUAUUUUUCUAAAAAUGUACAGGUUUCCAAUGAGUAUUCGGGCUAAUUUGCUAAAUAGACCCCUGUUGCCUUUUUUCGCAUUGUUCUGUAAUAGAACAUACAAGUUAUUUAACUAUUUUAAUAAUUACAGGAUUUUAUUCUUUUAAUCAAUGUUGUAAAUACAUUCUACUUUCUCAGGAUUCAUGUUUAAAAUUUUUAGAUUUUUUAAAGAUUUUAUAUUUACAGACUUAGGCUAAUGCUAGAUGCUCAUUAAAAAUAUUGACUUUCACUCUGUAUGUAAUCUUCAUAAAAAAUUAAAAGAUGGUUUUGUAUAUAAA